AUGGCCAAUCCAGACCUAACUGCCCUCACCACCUGCCGUCUCUCCACGCGCCUCUCGAUACAAUGGCUCCCAGAGCCCGCUGGCGAAGAAACUACCGACACGCUCGUCAUGUCCGUGAACGGCUGGUACUUAGAUCUACGCAUGAAGAAAACGGGAGGAAUGGACUGGGCAAUCGCAGGGCAACGGAUUGUCGAGAGCCAAGAUCCAGUCAAAGUAUCGUUCACACAUGAACUCGACUCUCACGAUGCCUUUGAAAGUGUGGACUGUGGAACGUUCGAGCCUCUCUCGCCGGGCGUCGAUAAGGAGACAGGGUCUAUGGCUAAUUAUGAUCUCCCUGGGGCUCCUGAGAUGGAAUAUGUCGAGAUCUGGAAGGAGCUUUCUUUUCGAGAGGGUCCUGAGGGGGCGUUGAAGGGUAUUUCGUGGGUGCUGGAAUCAGACAAUGAGGUUACUGAAGAAGAAGGAGAGGUUCUGGUGACCAAGACUUUUUUGGGUCGGAUUUGGGGGACAUACUUGGCUUUGCAGCAGACUCAACUUCAUAAGCGCCGGAAAGAUACGUCUGGCAAUUGGAUUGUGAGUAAGUCUGGAUACGAUGUCAGUGCUAGGAGGGAAGAGUGGGCUUCCGGGUGGAGUGCGAAGGUUGUUCAUGGAGAAACAGGGGAGUCAUUGCCAUCAAUGGCUGAGAUUGAAGGCCUAGAGAAUGGACGUUGGAGGGUUCCAGGGGAGAAGGUGACCUUGAAGGGCAAGACGUACAUUGUUCGAGCAUUUGAAGAAAUUCAGUAA